AUGGCUCGUCGUUCAAGUCAAAAACGUCGUCGUGAUCCAAAUGCACCAAAAAGAGGGAAAACAGCUUGGCAAAUGUUUUUCUCAGAUAAUCGUGAAGAAGUUAAGAAACAAAAUCCUAAUUUAAGUGGUCAAGAAAUUUUGAAAAAAUUAGGUGAAAUGUGGCGUCAAUCUGAUGAUGCAACAAAACGUCGAUAUCAAAACCAAUAUCAAACAAGUCAAAAUGAAUAUAAUGAAAAAUUGGCUGCAUAUAAAGAAGAAAAAAAUAGAAAAAGUCAAUCAUCAAAUUCAAAAAAAAAUAGUGGACAAUCGAAUAAAGAAAAUAUUAACUAUCAAAUAAAUGAAGAUGAUAAUUAA